AAACAAUCGAAGAGGGCAUUCACCGAAAAGUGCGAGUUCUCAAUAAUAAUUAAAUGCGAAGAUUAGCGUAAAGCGAGACAAGGGGCCGCGGCCGCAGAGCGCGGUCACUAUUCACUGACGCGACCACCAUGCGGCGCGCCGGACGCGCGGGCACUUCACUUUGCGCGCGAUUGUUUUGCUUUUACGCGGGUAUAGCGAUCGUAGCAGGUAUCAAAUAUGGGGUGCCCAUUGAAAUCAAUCACUGGGAUACGGGGCGAACGCCACUCAAACAAAUGGUGGAUGCAACUAACGAGUUUGGCUUAAAAGUCCUGGACCAGCACAAUUUCUUGAACGAUAAUAACAUAGCAUUUUCCCCAUACGGGCUGAUGGGGAUAAUGGUGGCACUGUAUGAAGGGGUGGACGGCGACUCCUCGUAUGAGAUCCAGCGCGCUAUGCAGCUGCCCUGGAACAGGAACGUCAUGCGAGUUGGCUUCAGAGAUAUACACCGCGCACUCAAAACAUAUUUCGUUCCUGAAGAAGGAUUCCUGGCGGGCCUAGCGCUUAAUUUAGACAAUGUUGUCUUUAAAGAAAAGUACAUAGAGGUUCUGCGAUUUUAUGGGUUUGAUAUAGAGAGUGGACAGACCACCACAAGUACUCCAAACGCCACCGUGACUACCACUCCAACAACCACUACUGUUGGUGAAACAUCUACGACGACAUUAAGUACGGAGAAUACUACCACCGAUAAAGAAGAAACCACUACUAAUCCAACUGAAACUAGUACAACAGAAGUAACGCAAAAUUCGACAACUGUAUCCACUGAAACGACGUCCGCUUCUACAGAUAUGCUAACAACUAAACCUGCAACUACAACUGUUCAAAUAAAUAGUUCUUCAACAACCACUUCUUCGACAACCACAAAUAGCAAUAUAACAACGACCUCUAACACAACUAUGUCAGAGAAUAUUAUAAGUACAACAGAAAGUAUGGCCACUGGAACAACGAAUACGACCACCACGGGAACGACUAUGUCUACUGCGGGAACUACUACGCCUUCUACAGAAACAACGUCUUCAAAUGGAACUACAACAAACAACCAAAACACGACCACAGAAAGUGUCACUACCCCCACUACGACAUCUAUAUCUGGAAGCACACAAAAUAUGCAAAAUGCAUCCACUACUGAAAGUUCUACGCCUUCGACUGCAACCACUUCCUUAAAUGAAACAACCACUCAAAACUCAACCACUUCAGAAAAUGUCACGUCAUCAACUGAAACACCGUCAGGAAGUACAACAGACAUGCAAAAUAUGACUAGGUCAGGCAGUGUCUCAACUUCAAGUGCUGCUACCCCUACAUCUGAAAGCACAACAAUUAUGCAGAACACAUCAACCACAGAAAGCGUUACACCUUCAACUGAAGCUGCCUCAUCUUCGGAAAGUACGACAAACAUGCAAAAUGUAACUACUCCAGGACAUGUCACGCCUCUCAGUUUAACUAUGUCAACAUUCGGAAUCACAACAAACAAGCCAGAAAGUGUAACGAAUCCAACACACAUUAAUGGUUCGAUAUUGAGAACUCUGACGCGAAGAAAAAAGUCUGUAGUCGAAUACCUGUAUACAAAUCCGCCAUACUAUGACAAUUACCCACUGUACAGGUCCUUCGACAUUGGUCCUGAUUUUACAGACAUGGCUUACGGUGGUGACGAACAAGGCGUAUAUUUUGCCGACGAUUUAAAAAAGAUACCGCCCAACGUAGGAUAUGGCGGUAAUCAAAUGUUUUUGGCUAACGGAAUAAAAAAUGUCGAGGUGACGUACAUGAGUUACGACGCGACCCUGGAGCACGCAUACUUGCCGCACCUGGAGGCGUCUGCGUUGCGGCUGCCGCUGGACAGUGACCGAUACUACUUACUACUGGUGCUGCCGACGCGGCGUCGCGCGGGCGAGCUGUCGCGCCUGCUGGCUCGCAUGGCGCGCUCCUCAGACCUUUCAGACGUUUACAAUGCCCUCAGACCCAAGAGAGUGCGCGCGCUUGUGCCCAGCUUCUUCGUCAAAGGUCACAUCACACUAACCACAGAUCUGCAAAGGCUGGGCAUCAGAAACGUGUUCCAGCCGCGGCAGAAUGACUUCACGCCGAUGACGUCACAGGCGGGCGUCUACGUGCGUAGCAUCGAGCAGGCCGUCUCUGUCGCCAUCAGGAAGUACUCGGCGGACGAAACAAAAAAAAUUGGACACGCUGCGAACCGCCAACGAGCAUACUUCUCAGCUACUUAUCCGUUCCUGUACUUUGUUAUGGACGCGAAUAUAAACGUCGCUUUGAUGGCAGGCAAAUUAGUGGAUCCGUUAAAUUCUAGAAUAUUAUAGUAAAAUAAUUAUUUUAAAA